UUAGGGUGCGGGUGCCUGAGAAGCAGUCCUGUAAGAGCCAAGAGCCCCCAGGGUGAAGAGAGGAAGGAGAGAGAUGGAACUGGGCCGGUCGGCGGGGAAGUGCGACAGUCUUGGUAGAGGGACUGUGUCUUGGUAAUGACCAGGGCUCCAAGAAGGGAUGUCCUUGUGGUUGGAGGCCCCAGUGCCUAGCGCUUCUCCUGACUCUGCAACAGCGUUGUGGAAGACAGAAACCCUAGAUGCAAGAAACCAGGGAGUCAAUGGCUGCGUUCUCAGGGAGGAAGCCAGAAUGCCCCAAUCAACUGGGGAUGCUUUGAGGAUGGGGUUGAAGGCAGCAGAGCCCACAGCUCUGCUCCCUAGGGCAGAGACCUUUCCAGAGCCUACAGAGCUUCGACCACAAAAGCGGAAAAAGGGGCCAGCCCCCAAAAUGCUGGGGAAUGAGCUGUGCAGUGUAUGUGGCGACAAGGCCUCUGGCUUCCAUUACAAUGUGCUGAGCUGUGAGGGCUGCAAGGGCUUCUUCCGCCGCAGUGUCAUCAAGGGAGCACGCUACGUUUGUCACAGUGGUGGCCACUGUCCCAUGGACACCUACAUGCGGCGGAAAUGCCAGGAGUGUCGGCUUCAGAAAUGCCGCCAGGCAGGCAUGCGGGAGGAGUGUGUCCUGUCAGAAGAACAGAUCCGACUGAAGAAGCUGAAGCGGCAGGAAGAAGAACAGGCUCAGGCCACACUGGUGUCCCCAAGGGUUUCCACACCUCCCCAAGUCCUGCCACAGCUCAGCCCAGAGCAACUGGGCAUGAUUGAGAAGCUGGUGGCCGCCCAGCAGCAGUGUAACAAGCGCUCCUUUUCUGACCGACUGCGAGUCACGCCAUGGCCCAUCACACCCGACCCUCAGAGCCGGGAAGCCCGUCAGCAGCGCUUUGCCCACUUUACUGAGUUGGCCAUCGUGUCAGUGCAGGAGAUUGUUGACUUUGCCAAGCAACUCCCCGGCUUUCUGCAGCUCAGCAGGGAGGACCAGAUCGCCUUGCUGAAGACCUCUGCGAUCGAGGUGAUGCUUCUGGAGACGUCACGGAGGUACAACCCUGGCAGCGAGAGCAUCACCUUCCUCAAGGACUUCAGUUACAACCGGGAAGACUUUGCCAAAGCAGGGCUUCAGGUGGAGUUUAUCAACUCCAUCUUUGAGUUCUCCAGAGCCAUGAACGAACUGCAACUCAACGAUGCCGAGUUUGCCUUGCUCAUUGCCAUCAGCAUCUUCUCUGCAGACCGGCCCAACGUGCAGGACCAGCUCCAAGUAGAAAGGCUACAACACACGUACGUGGAGGCCCUGCAUGCCUAUGUCUCCAUCAACCACCCCCAUGACCAGCUGAUGUUCCCACGGAUGCUAAUGAAGUUGGUGAGCCUCCGGACUUUGAGCAGUGUCCAUUCAGAACAAGUGUUUGCACUUCGCCUGCAGGACAAAAAGCUCCCGCCACUGCUGUCUGAGAUCUGGGAUGUCCACGAAUGACUGCUCUUCCUCUGCAUCCUCUGUGCUCUGGACCACAUGGCUCAGGCUUACCGACUGCUUCCUAGAGGUGGAGCAGACUGAGAACUGGGUGGAGGAGAUCCUCGCAUGGCAUUAAGGGAGGGUCAAAGGGUUGGGUAUUUUGUGGCUGCUGGGCAGUUGGGGGACCUGCUAAUGUGGCACACCCUCUGAAGACCUUGUUGACCCAACCAAAUAAACUAGCCAGAAGGGCCACUUUGCACAGGGCUCUUCAGGGCCCUGCCCAUCCUGCCUCUACCACUUCCUGUUUUUCCUCACAGGGCCCCAGAGAAAUUCUUCACUAUCACUCUUGUGGCUUGGCUAUAAAUGCCCCAGGGCUGCUUCACCAAUAGAUCUGGCACUUGAAACAGGAAGGCCAAGAUGAAUAUAGAACUAGGGAAACACAUUUCUGGAUCAAGGGUAGGGGUGCUGCCCUAGUGGAGGAAGCCUGUGUCAGUUAUGAUCGGGCUCAAGGCCCAGAGGAGAGGGGCAAAUCAGAGGUGACAGCU